GUUUGUCGCAACAAAACCUUCAAGUGUCCGCUUAAGUCGAGCAAAUUUAAGUCGGGAAGACUUCAUUCACGGCAGAAGCACACAUGUGCUUACAAAGCGGUGGUUAUGACUUGGAGCUUUUUGUGGACGUGCCGGACGAUGGCUUGAUAUGCAGUAUAUGCCAGGGAGUAUUACGCUGCCCAGUCCGAGCAGCCUGCCACCAUGUCUUUUGUAAAAGGUGCAUCAUGCAGUGGCUAAAGAGACAGGAAACCUGCCCAUGCUGCAGAAAGCCUGUCAGUCAGAGCCUGAUAUUUGUCAUGUUCAAGCUCAGUAAAGCCAUCGGUCGGCUUAAGAUUAAGUGCAGGAAUGAGAUCCAGGGCUGCCGGGCCACUUUUCCCCUUUCUGAGCAGUACUGCCACAGCAUGAGCUGCCCUUUUGAGCUGAUCUCCUGCCCCUACCAGGGCUGCCGGGCACAGCUGCUGCGGCGUGAUCUGGAAGCGCACGCACGCCACUGCGAGCACUGGAGGCAGCCGUGCCAUAUGGGCUGCGGCGCCGUGCUCUCGCAGCGCACCCGCACUCAGCACAACUGCUACCAGGAGCUGCGGCGGCAGUACGAGGCCAAGCAGCAGAGCCACCGCGCCAUUGCUGCUGCCCUGCAGAGGAAGAUGAGGAAGAUGCAGAACACCAUGGCGCACAUGAAGAGGCAGAUCAGCCUCAUCUGCGAAAGCCUGGAGGUCAUGGAUGACGUGGUGGAGGUGGAUGAGGCCGAGGAAGAGGAGGAUGUGGCUGAGAGUGGCACAGCAGGCAGCAGCAGCAGCAGCUCCUGAGAGUUUAGGAACAAAGGACGAGCAGCAUCAGCACUUCCAUUCCUGACAUUUCCUUUUGACGGCUGAUCCUUAGACAAAAGAUAUAGAUACCGUGUGUUUCCUUUGACCAGUGAUUUUAAUAUAUUUGUUUUGAUUAACUAUGUAUUUGAAGGUGAAAAUAUGACUGUAGCAAAAAAAUGUGUGAACACACACAGGCAUUAUUCAGAUAUGUAGUAUUAAAAUCAUGUUAUUUUAGAAAUUCACCACCUAUAACUUUCUUUGAGGUGCACAGUUUUACAGUAGUUGAUCAAUGCAGUGGUGGUCUUUGUGUCUGCAUCACUGUUCACAGUAAUUAGUUGAUUAGUUGGACGAAGUGUGUUAGAGCAGGGAAAAUGAUGAAAUAUUCAGCACAUGGGGUUCUCCAAGUUGGAAGCCACUGACAUAAACUGCUCUGUACAGUUUUAUACGUUCUGAGCUGUAAUGCUCAUUAUUAAGCAGCACAGUUGAGAACAGCUGACAUAAAUGAUGAAGAGAAGUCAUCAUUUAAAGAGAAAUUACACUGAUUCUUCAAUCUCUGCACAAUUUAAUUGUAAAUAUUGAUAAAUAAAGUCAUUCCGAGUGGUUUUA